AAAUGAAGCAAUAAGGUUGGUUUGCUGAACAUGAAGCUUGCAGGGGAGGGGCUGCCUAUUUGAAGGAGAGAGGUUAGGUUAACUGUGUUGACAGAUUUAAAUAUAAAAUGUCACAAAUUGACUGAGAUUUUAUCUUCCAUAUCCGGGUUGCAUAGCAGGAUCGGAGGAUCCUUUCAUGUCAUCCCUGUGUGGACUCAGCAUGGAGCAUGAGGAGGAGGAGGGGGAACACAGCCUGGAGGAGAAAUUUGCCGCUGCGGUUAAAGUGAUCUGGACUUUGCCAGAAGAAGGUCCUUUCCAGCCCUCCGAUGACAUGAUGCUGAUGUUUUAUAGUUACUAUAAGCAGGCUACCACGGGGCCCUGUCAGAUCCCGAGACCAAAUGGCUUCUGGGACAGUCGAGGAAAAGAUAAAUGGGAUGCAUGGAGCUCUCUGGGAAACAUGACAAAAGAGGAAGCCAUGAAGAACUAUGUGGAGAACAUCCAGCUGAUUUUGGAGACCAUCCCAAUCUCAGAGGAAGUUACAGAACUGGUUCAGAGGCUAGGCAACUUCUACACUCAAGUGGAUGAAGAGGAAGAGGAGGAAGGAAACGAAAUAGACAAGAGACCCUUUACCAGACCUUUUGCAGAGCAUGCAGGGGAGCUGGCUAAACAGUUCAAGAAGCCAACACUGGAGGGCUAUGGGGAUCUUUGGGAGGACAUACAAAACGUCCAGGAGAAAGACAGAGACGGCAUCGUGCCUGGACAAGGUAUGAGCAGCGAGGAGACAGAAGGGAGGAAAACAAAAAAAGAGGAAAACGAGAUUUGGAGGAAAAAUGAAGAGAGUGAGAAUUGGAAUGAUGAAUUCAGUGACAAGAAUGGAGAGAUAAGAGGCUGGGACCCAGACCCUCACUUUUUAACAGUGCAGGACUGGGGUUGGAGGUCUGAUACUAAGGGGUCCUGCAGCAGCUUGGAGCCUAGCAUGUCCUCCUUCACCAACGGCACGCACAGCUCGCUCAACAGCGGGGUGGAGGAGGAGGAACUGGCUUGCUCCAUGGAGCCUGCUGUGCAGUAUAACCACUGCAUGCAUUUUAAUGGAUACAUCAAUGACAACCCAUAUGCUGAUCCUGAGAGGAACCAUCGCCCCAUAGAUUCGGACAAUGAGGAAUUUUGUGACUCAAUGGAGCAUCUAGCAAUGGAAGAGAUGUGCAUGCAACGACUGUCUCCAUCAAAAGGUCGAUCACCUGGGACAGGAGCAGCGUUGGUGAAGACGAGCGAUGUUUGGUUUGAGAGCAGCACAACCCUGAAAGAAGCUAAAGAUGAAAUACCAGGAGGAGGUUUCUACAUCAAAGAAAGAGUGGGUCCAAGCGGACACAGCAGCUCCUUAUCAAAAAGAGAAAUAGGUUUGCAUUCACCAACAACCACCUACAGCCCUCCACGUUGUGUAAGUGCAGGCGGUGAGUGCAGCUGUGUGAUACGAAGCAGACAUCCUGUCACUGUUACCAGGGGAAACGCAGAUAAGCAAAUAGCAGCUGCUCUGAUGAAGCUGCAGCACAACAUGACCAACGUGCUGCACAGGCUGCAUGCUCUGGAGGAGCUGACUAGAUCACAGUCAAGAUCCUCAUCUCCAAGACAAGACGGCGUUUUAUCCGUCGCUCGAAAGUUCCUCAAAAGAUUUAGGUGGCCUUUUCACCUGUCUCCACUCACUGUGGCGUUGGUGGCCGUCUGGCCUCUGAUCAGCCACUGGCUUGUUCAACUCUAUUUCCUUCGCAAAAGAAGGAGAAUUCUGUGAGAAGUCUGAUGGUUAACGGGGAUCAAAGAUGCACUGUUGUUGCACUGUGGCUUGUUUUUAGCAAACAUCCCAAAUGAAGGAUGUUGAAGCUUGGGGGAAAAGAAACCUUUUCCAAAGAGGAAACCUUUUAGAAGAGCGUGAAACGGGCUUAUUAUUGUCUGAAAUUUGAGCCCCAUCACCAGCACACUGUUAACAGUAUAUUUGAAUGUUUUAGGAAUGUAUGAAUUUAUCUGUGUUAAAUCUGUUUUAUUUUUAGAUAUUUAAAGACUUUGGGGGACUUCUGCAAACGCCACAUGCAAAAUUCAUGUAACAAGCAUUUCAUUUAAAUUAAGGCUGUGUUUAGUUUGUCAAUACAGUGAUAUGAUAAGUAUGGAGUUUUACUUACAGCUGAAGAGAUGAUUAAACAUGUGCAAUAAGUUGCUGGUAAGAAUUAAAAAUCUUCGUCCUUGUUUUUGUAGAAAUGGUUUGUGUAAUAACAAUCAAAAGAAAAAAAUUAUGCUCUGUAAACAAAUGAAAACGGAUUAAAGGGCACAGAAACACGAUGGCAACUAAGGGACUAUAAAGAAAGAAGUAUUAAAAAGCUGGAAUAAGUGUUAGUGUUUAUAAUCUAAUAAAUCUUUUGCUACGUAAACCUUA